AUGAUGCGCACCUCCAUCACCAAGCUCGCCCGCCCGGCGCUGCUGUCCCGCACCUUCGCCACCACCGCCCGCGCCAUGGGGGCCGGCGACACCGGUGCUCCCCCCAAGACCGGCGGUCCGGGUGACGCCUUCCAAAAACGCGAGCGCGCCAGCGAGGACUACGCGAUCCGCCAACGCGAGAAGGAGAAGCUCCUCGAGCUCAAGAAGAAGCUGGCCGAGCAGCAGGCCCACCUGCAGCAGCUGUCCAAUCACAUUGACGAGAUCACCAAGGAGCAGGGCGGCGAGCAGAACUAA